UGUUUUUUUUCCUGCAGAUGAACAGCUCAGCACUUCUGCCUGUUACGGAUCUUGUGUUUGUCAGAACCAUUGACUUCAACACUGGUUCUGAUACAGAUGUUCUCUUUGUCCUCUCAGCUGUAUUCUGAUCCAAAUAUUGUCAUCGCCAAGAUGAAUGCCGUCAACAACGACGUGCCACUGGGCUACGACGUCCAAGGGUUUCCCACCAUCUACUUCGCUCCAGUGGGGAAAAAGGACGAACCCAUACGAUACGAGGGCGGUCGGGAGCUGCGGGACUUCCUACGGUUCCUGAAGCGCGAAGCGAGUCACAGUCUGGUGCUCAGCGGGUCAAAGGACGAACUCUGACACGUCUCCAUCCACCAAUCAGAGUGACUGCAGAGAUACAACCAACCGGUCUCUGUGGCAACGACAAACAUGUGGAGGGAGGAGGGGGGCUCUGAUCCUCAGACAGACUUGGACCUGAAUCAGGACACGUGGACCACUGCUGUCCAAUCAGACUCCUCUGUUAUCCCCACAAACACCUGUCCAUCAUGAUGUCACGACGCCUGUCAGCUGCCUCACUGGAUUUAUUUAUUACAUAGAAUUUAUUAUUAUUUAUUCAUUAUUUAUUAUUCAUGGAGACAUGAGAGGGCUGAGCUACGAAGGAAGAUUAGUGGGUCAGCAGGUAUAUUGAGCUGAAAGUAAGAGUUUUAUAGUCCCUUUU